ACGAACGACUUCGGCUUUUCAUAGUCCAUUCAACCUCUUCUGUUCUCAGUAUCUGUGUUCCUCACAACCCAGCAGCAACCAUGGUCACCGCCAUCGCCACCAAUCUCUCAUCUCUUUCACCACCCCUUGAUAAACCCUACCCUCUCUUCAAAACCCCAUCUCUCAAACCCUUUUCUGUCUUACCCAUAACCCUCCCAAAAUCAUCCUCUGCUUUGCACCACUAUAACAACCCCUUCAAGACCUCUUCCAAAAACCCCAUCUCUGAAAUUAUUUCCACCUACAAAACAGACCCAGAUGGAAAUUCUUUGAUCUUUGAUGAUGACGAUAAGCCCCGAGAAGAGUGUGGCGUUGUGGGCAUCUACGGUGACCCUGAAGCCUCUCGUCUCUGCUACCUAGCCCUUCACGCGCUUCAACAUCGUGGCCAAGAAGGAGCCGGAAUCGUCGCCGUCAAUGACAACGUUCUUCAAUCGGUCACCGGAGUUGGGUUGGUUUCCGAUGUCUUCAACGAAUCAAAACUCGCUCAACUUCCCGGUACUAUGGCCAUUGGGCAUGUCCGUUACUCCACUGCUGGGUCUUCCAUGCUCAAGAAUGUCCAGCCCUUCGUCGCCGGUUAUCGAUUUGGAUCCGUCGGUGUUGCCCACAAUGGCAAUUUGGUGAAUUACCAAUCCCUUCGUGCUAUGCUUGAAGAUAAUGGGUCAAUUUUCAAUACUUCAUCUGAUACUGAAGUGGUUCUUCAUCUAAUAGCGAUUUCGAAAGCGAGGCCGUUCUUCUUGAGGAUUGUUGAGGCAUGUGAGAAACUUGAAGGAGCUUAUUCAAUGGUGUUUUUGACAGAAGACAAAUUGGUUGCUGUCAGAGACCCAUUUGGGUUUAGGCCAUUGGUAAUGGGUAGGAGGAGCAAUGGGGCUGUUGUAUUUGCCUCUGAGACUUGUGCAUUGGACCUAAUUGAAGCUACAUAUGAGAGAGAGGUCUUGCCUGGUGAGGUUUUGGUGGUGGACAAUGAGGGUAUUCGAUCACAGUGUUUAAUGCCUCAUCCUGAGCCUAAAGCGUGUAUCUUUGAGCAUAUAUACUUUGCUUUGCCUAAUUCAGUGGUUUUUGGGAGGUCUGUGUAUGAGUCUAGGCAUGCUUUUGGGGAAAUUCUAGCCACUGAGGCACCUGUUGAUUGCGAUGUUGUGAUAGCCGUGCCGGAUUCUGGGGUGGUGGCUGCACUUGGUUAUGCUGCCAAGGCAGGUGUGCCAUUCCAGCAAGGGUUGAUAAGGUCACAUUAUGUUGGGAGGACCUUUAUUGAACCAUCACAGAAGAUUAGGAACUUUGGAGUCAAGCUCAAACUCGCCCCGGUUAGGGCGGUAUUGGAAGGGAAGAGGGUGGUGGUUGUGGAUGACUCAAUUGUGAGAGGGACAACAUCUUCAAAAAUUGUUAGGUUGAUCAAAGAGGCUGGGGCUAAGGAAGUUCAUAUGAGGAUUGCAAGCCCCCCAAUUAUUGGGUCUUGUUAUUAUGGAGUGGACACUCCUAGUCCAGAGGAGUUGAUAUCAAACAGGAUGAGUGUAGAGGAGAUUAGGGAAUUUAUCAGGUCGGAUUCCCUUGCUUUUCUGUCAUUUGAUAGCUUGAAUAAGCUGUUAGGUGAUGAAUCUCCAAACUUCUGCUAUGCUUGCUUUUCGGGGAAGUACCCGGUGCAGCCAAGGGGCAAAGUGAAAAGGGUUGGGGAUUUUUUGGAUGAUGGAUUGAAUGGAAGUGUACAGAACAUUGAUGGUGGUUGGAUUCAAGGAACUACAAAUCAGAAAAAGGAGGAGGAGAGAGUCUAG